GGCGCGAAACCAUCGAGGCGCGACCGCAAAAACGUCAGAAAUCACAGAGUCGCGACGAGGCCCGCUGUUCUCCUCAACCGGCCCUUGAACAUAUUGCCUCUCCAUCCCAACAGUCUAAAAUAUAUCUCAACACCGCGGUCGAUUUGUCGGCUGAAAUAGUCGCAUUGAUCGCAUCAAUUGCUUGACAUAAUUAAGCCAGCUGUCAACAGAAAAAAUGGCUGGUGAUCCGAGCCAGAAUGUCCAUGGGGACCUUCUCCCACAUGUCCAUCUGCUAUCGACGUUUCGCUAUGCAUUGAUGCCGCGGGUUGAUCCCCCGGAGGUAACGAAAUGGCUCCUCUCUGCCCCUAAGAUUGCCCGCGACACAGCGCCUUUCUACUGGACCUACCUCGACUGCCCAGCCGACGGGACCAUCUUCCUGACAUGGCAACCGACAGCCCGCCGGAGUGUCGAGUAUGCCAGCGAUGGAUAUGUCUGGGCUGGGCCCGAAAUUUCGUACCGAAACGAGAUGGGAAACGGCUUGUAUCUUGAAGCGUUCUAUCAAAAAGCUGGAUUCCGUAUAGGAGAGCAAUUCACUGUCCACUCCAGGAGACGUUUCCGCCUGAUGCCUCCCCAAGUGCCGGUUCAGAAUGUUCCGCAGGUCGACCCGAACCUCUGGAUUAUCCAUUACGGCCCGAGCGAGAAAGCUGAUAGGCUGCCCGUCAACAUGAUUCCAGCCACACCACCCAUGCAACAGACAAUGAAUAUCAGGCAGCACCUGUUCCACCUGGGUCAAAUUGUUCGAAAAGAGUUUAUGCUCUCAGACCGUGUGAACUGGCCCCAUCUACCGCUUCCCGGACGUGGCCAGUCCAUGUAUGCUGCCCCGAUGCCAGCCCGCAACGUUCCUCAAGCCAUGGCUUAUCCGCCAAACCCCAGCCCGGCCAUUGGGCCGACGCCUAGACAGCGACGUCCUGGACCCGGCCAGGGGCAAGCGCAUCCGCCCCAGGUUAUGGGCGCACCUUAUCAGGCAAUGGAGGGCGCUUUCGAUGAUGACGAGGAUACUUCCCGUGGCGACUUGUUCGAUCACCUCAGUCCGCGAGAGGUUAGUUUAUCGCGAUAUCAGCAAAACCACGAGUGGAUGGAAGAAAUACUCUCGUCGCCAUAUCAAAUUGGUCAGAUUGAGGUGGCGGAUCUCGGCUUGGGUCGGCGAGGCGAGCUUGGCUCGCUUACGCAAGGGAUAUUCGAGGCUCAAGGAAGCGAUGCACUUGCUGACGGACCCAAGACGCCAUACACCGGUCAUCUCGAUCCCGAGUUGGCAGAAGAGUUCCGCAAGCGCGUGCAAGAAAAGACAAUAUCGGUCAAAGAAGAAAUCGAGAAAAUGAAGGAGAAGCACAACAAGCAGCUUGCGAAGUUUAAAGGGAACGCCGUCAUCAACCAGGCUGAGCAGGAGCUUCGGGCGUCCACCCAAGGCACUGGUCCAGAGAUCUGGCGACUUGAAGGGAGGCUGGAAGACGAUGAGGGAGUGGGCCACGGGAAUCAGAGACAAGGCAAGAGUAUUGAGGAUAUCCUCGCGAGUGUCGAAGAGGUGGUUGGCAAGCAAGCUGUCGUUGUGCACGACGUACACCGGGUUCAGGAUGGCGGAUACCAGGAGCCAGCUCCAGAACCAGAACCGGAGCCGGAACCAAGACCGGAACCCGUAGCACAGUCGCUUCCAACCCAGGCCGAAUCCGCUCUCCCGCCUACCUCAAUGUCUCGACAACCCUCCCAGGCUGGAUCUCAAAAUAGCGGUGUCAUGGUAGGAGACUCGGAUAUCGAUAUGGGCGGCACGGCGGCUGGUCUGCUUGACCAGAUGCACACGGGCUUCUCGUCUACUUCAACACCCAUAAACAACUUCCCGACCCCCCAGCCUCAUCUAUCUGCUCUCCCGUCGAACGCCGCCACCCCGGCUAACCUCAAUGUCCCCUCGCCUCAUGCGGCACCAGCCCCAACAUCACAACCUCCGGCAGCUGUUGGCGAGGACGUCAAGAUGGAGGAUGCCGAAGCUGCAAGAGGUACUACAACCGGUCCAGAUCAGGGUACUGGGAGUGAUGACUGGGUUGUGGUGCCUAAAGGGGGCGUAUCUCCCGGAUCAGCUAGCAACCCAAUGGGGUCCAGUGCAGGUAACCAGCCUGUCGGAACAGCCGCAGAGACAAAUACAGCUACUGCCGACAGCGGUCCCAGCCUUGCGCACGGUAGCAAGCCUGCUUCGGCUGCUGCCACUCCUGCGGAUGGCUUGGCGUUUGAUGCCGACAACAAUGACUUCAGCUCACUAGGCGACCUCGACACGGCUGGUGAUGCUCUAGCGGGCUAUGAUCCUCCCAGUAUUGAUGCUGGCGGGCUCGGCGAUUUGCAUAUGGAUAUGGAAGACUCAGCUUUUGGCGAUGCCUUUCACGGCGUUGAGCAGUCCGGAGGCAACACGCCUGCCGAUGGAAAUGUGAUGUAGGAAAACUCUGCUUUCGUCGAUCCCUCUCUCGGCGUUGAGUAGUCCAGGGCCAGCACACCUGCCGAUGGAAAUGAGAUGUAGGACACGUUUAUUCAGAGUAGCUCGCCUGACGAUGGUACGCAAAAACUAGGGGGAGGGGCGCGGAGGUUGUUGUAUGAUUACCAGCGAAGAACUAUUUUUUAACCGGAUUAAGGACGAACGAGGCUGGGUAUUAUGGGGCCCAAGAGAUGCGAGUUUGGAGACUUUUUUCAGUUUCUUUUACCUUUGCUUACUUUCUUUUUACUUUGGAGGACAGGCUGGAAGUCGGCCCAUUUAGCCAUGUAUGGUGGUUCCCAAUGGAAGCGAAUAUAUCUAAACCCCCUUUUCUCUCCCGGAUUCUUUUUUGCAGUGUUCUCGCUAGCGAUAUCAUGAUUUCUUCUCCAG